AUGCCGAUGCUUCAACCGACCCCGUGGCCCAUGUCGCCCCAUGGCUACAACCUCAGUGUACCCACUGGAGAGCACCAAAAUGGUCAUCUUCCACAGCACUCGACGGAGACGCAGGCCGCAGCAAACUACCCUUAUCUGCGACGAGGGAUCGUAUUCCCUUAUCCGGAGAGUGCAGUGUGUGCCACUACUUAUCCCUCGAUAUCAGCGCUGAGCCGUGACUUCUGCUCGUCGACCAUGUCACCAUCACAUCUGGCCAUGAGCCCAUUUCUGCCCCAUUGGUUAUUCCACUACGCAACUGGCCGCCACAUUACAUAUGCGCCUGUCGUUUUCAGUCAAUCACACAUCCUCGUUUUACAUAACGCCUACAGUCUGGUCUUGCUCGAUCUUAUCGAACUUCAGCCUUCCUUCAACAAGGCUAUGGACGAUUCCUACAUUGAUCUCGUUACAAUACCUCCUUCUUUCUGCAGACAGAUAGUCUUCAAUAGACAGAAAGUCAUCAAUGAGCUCUAG